UUUACAUAUAUUAUGAAACAACUGGUGUUUGGUUUCAAUAUUUAUUCUUGAUGGAGAAGAGAACUAUCCAUCAAUGGCUGCAACCACCCUUCACAUGGAAGUUCCUGUCAAUGUGCCAUAAACAAAUGCUCUCCUAACAAUUAAAAUAUACUUCUCUUCUUUAUUCUUUUUGGACCUUCUCUCAAAUCAUUAUCCAGCAUAACCUUUUUUUUUUCUUUCUUCUUCACAAUUGCAUGUGAAUCCAGGCCACUUCUCUCUAAGGAAACGAUUCCUUCUGAACUUCCGUCGCCAUCACUCCCAACGACCCAAAAUUGGGUUGUUGAGAAUUUUUGUAAUAAAUCAAACCUCUGUUUCGAUUGGUCUCGUGGGGGUGUUUUUUCAAAGGUACGUUACCUGACGCUUGCUUACUUUUACUUUUAUGCGUAUUGGUGAUGGUAUAAUGUAGUUUAGGUUUUGGAAAAUGAAAACCAAUUGGAUGGCGAACUUGUUUGUUGCUGAUUUGGGGUUUGUGAAAAUUUGGGUUUCAAAAGUCAACCUAGUAGAAUUAGUUUAGUUCUUGGCUGAAAUGUUGAUGGGGGUGGGAGUUAACUUUAACAACUCUUGGUUUCUGAUUCUGUGUCUUCUUCUAUAUGCGCAAAUAUUGCAGGUAUGGAACCAGAUUUGUAAGAUAAGUUUCUCUCAUUCGUAGCUUAUUUAUCUUGAACUAGUCACUUGUUUCUUAGAAAAUGAUGAAGAAUAGCUUCAUGUUCCUUGAAAUUUUAUUGUUUUUAGCAUUUAUCUGCCCGCGAGUUCUCACCGAGCCAGUUGAAGACAAGCAAGCCUUGCUUGAUUUCUUCCAUAAUAUCCCUCACUCCCCCUCUCUCAACUGGAAUGAGAGUAGUUCUGUGUGCAAAGCCUGGACAGGAGUGUUUUGCAAUUCUGAUGAGUCUAGAGUAGUAGCCUUACGAUUACCCGGGACUGGUCUGCGCGGUCCGAUCCCUGUGAAUACUCUUAGCCGUCUAUCUGCGCUCGAGAUUCUUAGCCUUAGGUUAAAUAGGUUAUCAGGUCCUUUCCCUUUUGAUUUUUCGAAGCUGGGAAACUUGAGUUCCUUGUAUCUGCAAUAUAACAAGUUUUCUGGUCCUUUGCCUUCAGAUUUUUCAGUUUGGAAUAACCUUAGUGUCAUUGAUCUAUCAAACAAUCUCUUUAAUGGGAGUAUUCCUUCCUCUAUCUCAAAGUUGAGUCAUUUGACAGUUCUGAAUCUUGCAAACAACUCGUUUUCAGGCGAAAUUCCGAACCUUGAUAUUCCAAGUUUGCAACGGUUAGAUUUGUCCAAUAAUAAUCUUACAGGAAAUGUGCCUCACUCUCUUCAAAGAUUUCCAAGUUGGGUGUUCUCUGGUAACAAUGUUACUGAAGAACAUAGUGCAAUUCCCCCAUCUUUUCCCCUCCAGCCUCCCACUGCUCAACCAACGAGAAAAGGCAAAGGGCUGAGUGAAUCUGCAAUACUUGGUAUUGCAAUUGGUGGUUCUGUUAUUGGGUUUAUUUUGCUAGCUGUUCUAUUGACUGUUUGGUGGUUGAAAAAAGGGAAAGGAAAUACGAGUCCCUCUAUGGACCCCAAAAAGAAGGAAGCGUCUGUAAAAAAAAGGGGCUUUGAGAGCCAAGAACAAAAGAACAACCUCAAUUUCUUUCAGGAUUCUAAUCUUGCAUUUGACUUGGAAGACCUGUUGAGAGCAUCUGCCGAGGUUCUUGGGAAGGGAACCUUUGGAGUGAGCUACAAGGCAGCUUUGGAGGACUCAACAACUGUCGUAGUGAAGAGGCUGAAUCAAGUGACAGUUGGAAAACGAGAAUUUGAACAGCAGAUGCAGUUGAUUGGAAAUAUUAAGCACGAGAAUGUCGUUUCCUUAAGAGCAUACUAUUAUUCAAAGGAUGAGAAACUCAUGGUCUAUGACUACUAUGGACAAGGGAGCGUGUCUGCAAUGUUACAUGGCAAGGAAGGGGAUGGUUUACGUGUGUUAGAUUGGGAUACUCGGAUGAAAAUUGCCAUUGGAGCGGCUCGAGGUCUUGCUCAUAUCCAUACAGAAAAUGGUGGAAAAUGUACCCAUGGAAAUGUCAGAGCCUCAAACAUCUUCCUCAACUCUAAAGGAUACGGCUGUGUAUCCGACGUUGGCUUGGCUGGGUUAAUGAAUUCAAUUCCACUACCAGCCACAAGAACCCCUGGUUACCGAGCGCCUGAAUUGACCGACACUCGGAGAGUAUCAGAAGCAGCUGAUGUCUACAGUUUCGGGGUGGUGCUACUGGAACUUCUGACUGGAAAAUCUCCCAUACACGUUGAAGGCUGUAAUGAAGUUGUUAAUUUAGUGAGGUGGGUGAACUCUGUGGUGAGGGAGGAAUGGACAGCAGAAGUGUUUGAUGUUGAGCUUCUCAGGUAUCCAAACAUAGAAGAAGAAAUGGUGGAGAUGCUGCAAAUUGGGUUGUCUUGUGUUGCCAAAAUGCCCGAACAGAGGCCAAAAAUGAUUGAUUUAACGUCGAGAAUCGAGCAAGUUCGGCAACACAGUACAGGAACGCAGCCGUCAUCAGGGUCAAAAUCAGCGUAUUCGACUCCUGUUCAUGUAAUGGAAAUCGGUUCUUCCUCACAUCUACCUUGAAAUCUUUGUUCUGUUACAGAGUACAUAGAUUCUUUUGACCUGCUUUCUGUCUAUUCGUUUAAACUAGUUGAAUUGGGGGCUUAGUUUUGCUUAAGCUUUUUGGACUUUUUUGAGGUCACUAGUUUAGACCCCGUCAAGUUCGAUAACUCAAAUGGUUAUUUAUCUUUACAAGUUCAAUUUUUAGUACAAAUGGAAAUUUAUGAUAUUUUACA